AUGCAUCUGGCCAUGUCCUUGCCGGUGCUUUCACUGCUGCUGGUGCUCAGCGCCGCUGGCGGCUGUGACGCCGCCGCACUAACCACAACCAGUGGCGGCUUGACUGUCAUCGAUGCAGCAGCCACCACGACGACAACCACGACGACGCUGCUUGGUCAGCGCCAGUCGCAGCAGCAGCAGCAGCAACAGCAGCAAGGAUCUAGCGUUGCCCUGAGCCUGCAUGCCGUGUAUGAGGCGACGCAGGCGCAGUCGCAGUCGCAGCAGCAGCAGCCGCUGCGCAAACGUCACCGCAAGCGGAACAGCAAUUGGUACGACUAUCGCAACUACAAUGAGAACACCACAGCCCUGGAGUGGAUGAAUCCUUGCGGUGGCUUCUACAUGCCCAGCCCCACUGGCGGCGGCUUUGGCGACGGCAGAGCCAACAGGAGACGCAUGAAUCCCAAACAGAUCUUUAACCUGCUGAAGCGCGCCGCCGGCAGUGAGUAUCGGUCGUUGCGUGGCAAUCAGGAGGGCAUCGACAUUAGUGACAUGCAGAUGUGGUCCCUCCACAACUACAACUACAAAUUCUUGCCAAAGCUCAAGCUAAAUUCAACGAUUGCGCUGAAGCGCUGGUACCGCAACAUGCAAACCUAUGUGGCCUCCUUUGCCUAUUUGCGUCGCAUGCAAAUCAAUUGGGAUCGGCAACACUUGAAGCGCGAGAGUCGCGCGGCACGCGAACUGAAGCUCCUGCUCCUCAGCUCGCGCAGCAUGUUGUGCGAACUGGAGACGGCAGUCAAUCACACAUAUCCGGCUCCGAGUGCUGCACAGAGACGCCAGCUACCGCAAAUAUCGCGCAAUGACAUGAACAAGCGUCUCAAGUUGCGCUCCAAGCGGCGCCCGGCGACGUCGUCCCCAACUUCGAUGUCGACGUCGUCAUCGGCGUCGGCGUCUGCCGCCUUUGAGGCGGACUCUAUUGACUUGCAGUUCGUCAAGCAUCAUUAUUACGAGUUUCUGCGCACCAUGUGGCAGCUCCUGCGGCAGAAUGGCAAGAGAAACAGGCGCCGGUUGGCGCGAGAGCACCAAGGACAACGGCAGCGCGAUAGGCAGCAGCAGCAGCAGCAAAAGCAGAGGCAACAACAACAGCAGCAGCAGCUGUUGGCGCAGCGGCAGAAGCGCCUGCAACUGGAUGCUGCCAUCAAUCGGAAGGAGUUCAACGAGGUGGCCAAGCCCACCGCGGAGCUGGCCGCAGGACGGCGUGGCAAGCGUCAACAGCCGGCCUCAGCCUGCCCGGCCUACGCAUUGUCCUAUGGGCAUGACCAUGUCCUGCGUGUCCUUUCGGACUAUGUGUCCCUUAAACUGAACUAA